GCAGAGGCGCCGAAACGUGCAGGCGCCGGCGUCCAUGAGGCGUGGGGCGCGCCGGGCGAGUCCCUGCUUGCAGGAGGCGCCCGAGAGGCCGUCGCGUACCCUGGCAAGAGGAGCUGGUUAGCACCUCCCGACCCCGAGAAGGCCCGGGGGGCGCCCGGCGGGCGGGGCGGGGACUGGGCGAGGCCCGCCUCCCAUUGGCCGCAUAGCGCCGCCCCGCGCGGGCUGCCGUUAUAAAGCAGCCGCCGGCGCCGGGUGCCUCACAGCACGCUGCCACGCCGACCCCUCUCUGCACGCCAGCCCGCCCGCACCCACCAUGGCCACAGUUCAGCAGCUGGAAGGAAGAUGGCGCCUGGUGGACAGCAAAGGCUUUGAUGAAUACAUGAAGGAGCUAGGAGUGGGAAUAGCUUUGCGAAAAAUGGGCGCAAUGGCCAAGCCAGAUUGUAUCAUCACUUGUGAUGGUAAAAACCUCACCAUAAAAACUGAAAGCACUUUGAAAACAACACAGUUUUCUUGUACCCUGGGAGAGAAGUUUGAAGAAACCACAGCUGAUGGCAGAAAAACUCAGACUGUCUGCAACUUUACAGAUGGUGCAUUGGUUCAGCAUCAGGAGUGGGAUGGGAAGGAAAGCACAAUAACAAGAAAAUUGAAAGAUGGGAAAUUAGUGGUGGAGUGUGUCAUGAACAAUGUCACCUGUACUCGGAUCUAUGAAAAAGUAGAAUAAAAAUUCCAUCAUCACUUUGGACAGGAGUUAAUUAAGAGAAUGACCAAGCUCAGUUCAAUGAGCAAAUCUCCAUACUGUUUCUUUCUUUUUUUUUUUCAUUACUGUGUUCAAUUAUCUUUAUCAUAAACAUUUUACAUGCAGCUAUUUCAAAGUGUGUUGGAUUAAUUAGGAUCAUCCCUUUGGUUAAUAAAUAAAUGUGUUUGUGUUAAUA